GUAUGCACGGCCCCCCCUCCUGCAAAGAGAAUGCAAACUAUGCAGCAUGUCCAGGAGAUGUGUGGGGAAAGCCUUAUCUCCAGAUGAAUCAAAGUUUUCUUCGGGCUCCAGCGGGACAAUGCAAUCCAAGAAAACUGUACAAAGCAAAACCCAUUUUAGGACCAUUGCACCAAAAGUUGCACCCAAAGUUGUUUCCUCCUGUCCUCCCUCCUUCCCGCCCUCUGUGGCAGACAUCACUGCCUCUAAUGCAAAACCUUUCAUUAUGCAAACUCAAAACUAUGCUUUAAUGAAAGUUGCUGGCCAAGACGGCACUUUUUCCUUGGUAGCUUUACCACAGGUCGCUUCAUCCAUGGGAGGACAAGUCAUUCAAACUACCAGCAUACCUUUACAGGAAAAUCCUAAAUUGCCCAUUCCAAGGUACCCACCUAGCCACGAGAAGAAGCCAUUGAACAAAACGUCAAGGGUACUAAACAAAACAAAAUUAGAAAAAUCUGUUGUAGGUAAAAGUGAAGACAAUAAGGAGAGCAUUAUGAAACCAGAUUCUAAAGAAGAGGCUGCAACACCAAAACUUGCUUCUGUGACCACAGCCGAAGAGGUUGUCUCUGAAAGCGGCUUGUUCCCAGGUGCUGGAGCACAGGUUGCUAAUGUAAGUAAUUCAGCCUUGCUGUUUAUUGAUAAAGCUGCCCCUUCAAUGUUACCUGCAACUAGUCCUGCAAAGCUUAGUGUUGACUUUGAAAAGAAAGCUGGUUUAGGAGACAGUGGGACACUGGUGAAAUGCAAAAGUGCCAAAGUGACUGAUUCAACAAAUCCUGCAGCAGUUCUCUCCCCAGUGGUCUUUGGGAGUCCCGUUCAUCUCCUUUCAUCUGUGCCGAAGGGAAAACUGCCCAUCUUGCCUUACUCAAAAAUCAAGAAAUCCAUUAUUUCUAAUUGUAAACAGUCAGCAGGCCCUUCCAAGUUACCGCAGUCAAAUGUAGCUCAGUGUGGAAUGCAGACUUCAAGUGAUGCCCAGGCUUCCUCAUCAGUCAGUAUCUCACAAGGCCCCACCCAAGGUGGUCCAUACCCACCAGUACCAAAACCUGAUGGCAAUUUAAGCCAACGGAAUGGUGUUCCAAGUAAGAAAAGAGGAAAAAAACGAAAAACUUCAAGUGAGACUUUGGGGUACCAGACUAAAAUGAGAUUGGUUGGGAAUAGGCUGAUUAUGUGCAAGGAAAGGGCCAAAUCUCAGGCUGUGGAGGCCAGUGAUAAGAAGACUGUAACAGUGAAGAAAUACAGGAACAUUAUGCCAAAGCCCUUUGUUGAUAUUCAGGGCUUUGUUUCACUUAGCGGCUCUUCCUCUGUACUACAAUCUCAGGCAAGCGAAUUCAGCCUUAGAAAUCGCAUGAUAAGUGUUAGAACACAUAGGUGGAGGCAGAAUGAUGCUUUACCAGUGGCUCAAAGUGACUGUAAAAUCCCUUCCUUGUCUGCAAAACUGCUCUAUAAGUGUCACAUCUGUGAUCAUAGUUUUCAGUUUAAGCACCAUUUACAAGACCACCUAAACAGCCACAGCAACAAAAGACCCUACCACUGCCGCCUAUGUCGCAAGGCCUACGUGCAUUCAGGCAGUCUGAGCACGCACAUGAAGCUUCACCACAGUGACAGCCGCCUCAAAAAGCUGAUGUGUUGCGAGUUUUGUGCCAAGGUGUUCGGACACAUCCGGGUAUAUUUUGGUCAUCUCAAAGAAGUGCACCGUGUUAUCAUCAGUACGGAGUCCUUGGCUAAGCAAGUGGAGAGGAAAAGUCAAACCCACCGGGAUGAAACCAGUAUGUUAGAUAGGGACCGGCAUGGGAAUGAAGAUGAUGCCCUUCACGGACAAACAGAUGAGAUCCGACUGCAGAUAAAAUGUGGACGUUGUCAUUUUAUCACACCUACAUUUUCGGACAUGAAACUCCAUUUGUUGUGCAUACAUGGAGAUGAAUUUAAAGAAAUAUUACAGGAUGGUGUCCUAGAGAACAGGCAAGGUGCCCAAGAGGAGGUGGUCAAGCAUGCAACUCACCACUGGAAACUGCUCAGUGAGAAGCGGAAUGUGGUCAAGUGCUAUAAAUGUGAUGAAGAGCUUUUUGGUUCCAGCAGACUCAGGAAACAUGUAUGCGUUUCAAACUCUACUCAUAGUGAACUUAGGGAAACGGAAAUGGCUCCAUCGGUAGAAGGGCGAAACCCGCCAGGGCAGAAUGAUGACCUUCCAUCUGGAUCUUGCACUGAAAUUCAAUUCUGCUGUGGAAAUGUUUUUAACUGCCUGUUGUGUAAACAAGUUUUCGAAGUUCAGAAGGAGCUCUUUGAACAUUGGGAAACAAAGCACAACUGUGACGAUCCCUUAGUACUUUGGACAAUUUUUAGUUCUCUCGCCAAGACUGAUGCAAAAUAGUCUUAAGUAUUUUACUUUUGUUUAUGGAAAGCAGCACAAGCACUAUGGAUCCUAAAUUUGAACUUGGCUUUGAA